CAUUUUUAACUUACACAACUUUUCUUAAAUUUUUUAAAGCAGCCUCAGAAGUGUAUAAGAUAAACUUUAUAUUUCCAAAUGGAGACAAGUACGAUGGUGACUGUACAAGAACAUCUUCUGGCAGCUAUGAGAGAAAUGGAAUCGGUGUUCAUACCACCCCUAAUGGGAUUGUCUACACAGGAAACUGGAAAGACGACAAGAUGAAUGGUUUUGGAAAACUUGAGCAUUUUUCAGGAGCAGUGUAUGAAGGACAAUUUAAGGACAAUAUGUUUCAUGGAUUGGGGACUUACACUUUCCCAACUGGGGCAAAAUACACUGGAAAUUUCAAUGAAAAUAG